AUGGCCGUCAACAUCAUGUUACCCCUCCUCCUAGCAGGCGAGCCCUCCCGCCGAGCAUACCUCCCCAGGCCCGCGUCGCAAGACCUCCUCCGCCGCCUCGAGUCGGGCUCAGUCGGGCCACUCAAAGCCGAGACACUACUAGGGAAGCACGUCACCUCGCUCGGCGAAGACGGCGAGCCGCUGUCCACCAUCGCCAACGAGCUAGAAUACAUGGAGAUGCGGAUCGACCCGUCCCUUGCGCCUGCGUUCAUCGCCGCACGCGAAGAACACGCCCUCGGCGAGUCGGAGGCGCUUGGCCGGCGCGGGCUGGUACACCAGGCGACCAAGAGCCUCGAGGCGAGCAGGAAGCGACGUGCCGACCAGCGAGCACCGCCCGCAUAUGUCGGCGAUGGAGGAGCGCCGGCCGGGCCAGCCCCCGACGCCGCGACUACGCGCCUGCUGGCCCAGCUCCGUGCGGCCGAGGACGCGCGGAGGGCCGCGGUGGAUAUGUACCUCGCUGUCGAGGCGGAGCGGGCGCUGCUCGAGGCGCGGGUGCGGGAGGCAGAGGGCCGGCUGGCGGCGUGUACAUGCUCUGCAUCGCGUUAG